AUGAAUGCAUACCUCACCAAGCAACACAGCUGCAGCCGGGGGUCCGAUGGGAUGGAUGCCGGCAGGAGUGCACCCACAGUGCUCAGGGAUGCCCACUGCGCUUGUGGCUGGCAGAGGAGCCCUCAGGGACUCGGGUACAAUUCUCAGACCAUGCCUUCUUCAGGACCUGGGGGCCCAGCUUCAAACAGGACCAAGCUGGUCACCUUGUGGGACAGUGUGCGGAAAAGUCCCCACAGGAUGAGCACCAAGGGCAAAGGGACUUGUGGGGAGCACUGUGCCUGCCCACAUGGCUGGUUCAGCCCAGCACAGGCCAGCCCUGCUCCUAUAAUUGUCAACACUGAUACAUUGGACACGAUUCCCUAUGUCAAUGGGACAGAAAUUGAAUAUGAGUUUGAAGAAAUUACUUUGGAGAGGGGGAAUUCUGGCCUGGGAUUCAGUAUUGCCGGAGGGACAGAUAAUCCCCAUAUUGGAGAUGACCCUGGCAUAUUUAUUACGAAGAUUAUACCUGGAGGUGCUGCAGCAGAAGAUGGCAGACUCAGGGUCAAUGAUUGUAUCUUGCGGGUGAAUGAGGUGGAUGUGUCAGAGGUUUCCCACAGUAAAGCGGUGGAGGCCCUCAAAGAGGCAGGGUCUAUUGUUCGGCUGUACGUGCGUAGGAGGCGACCCAUUCUGGAGACUGUUGUGGAAAUCAAACUGUUCAAAGGACCUAAAGGUUUAGGCUUCAGUAUUGCAGGAGGUGUGGGGAACCAGCACAUUCCUGGAGACAACAGCAUUUAUGUAACUAAAAUCAUAGAUGGAGGAGCUGCACAAAAGGAUGGGAGGUUGCAAGUAGGAGACAGACUACUCAUGGUAAACAACUACAGUUUAGAAGAAGUAACACAUGAAGAGGCAGUAGCAAUAUUGAAGAACACGUCAGAUGUAGUUUAUCUAAAAGUUGGCAAGCCCACCACCAUUUAUAUGACUGAUCCUUAUGGUCCACCUGAUAUUACUCACUCUUACUCUCCACCGAUGGAAAACCAUCUACUUUCUGGCAACAAUGGCACUUUAGAAUAUAAAACCUCCCUGCCGCCCAUCUCUCCGGGAAGGUACUCACCAAUUCCAAAGCACAUGCUUGUUGAGGACGAUUACACCAGGCCUCCGGAACCCGUUUACAGCACUGUGAACAAACUGUGUGAUAAGCCUCCUUCUCCCAGGCACUAUUCCCCUGUUGAGUGUGACAAAAGCUUCCUUCUAUCAGCUCCCUACCCCCACUACCACCUAGGCCUGCUCCCUGACUCUGAGAUGACCAGUCAUUCCCAACACAGCACUGCAACCCGCCAGCCUUCAGUGACUCUCCAACGGGCCAUCUCACUGGAAGGGGAGCCCCGCAAGGUGGUGCUGCACAAAGGCUCCACUGGCCUGGGCUUCAACAUUGUGGGCGGGGAAGACGGAGAAGGUAUUUUUGUGUCCUUCAUUCUGGCCGGUGGACCAGCAGACCUGAGUGGAGAGCUCCAGAGAGGAGACCAGAUCCUAUCCGUGAAUGGCAUUGACCUCCGUGGAGCAUCCCACGAACAGGCUGCUGCUGCACUGAAGGGGGCUGGACAGACGGUGACGAUCAUAGCACAAUACCAACCUGAAGAUUACGCUCGAUUUGAGGCCAAAAUCCAUGACCUACGAGAGCAGAUGAUGAACCACAGCAUGAGCUCCGGGUCCGGGUCCCUGCGAACCAAUCAGAAACGCUCCCUCUAUGUCAGAGCCAUGUUUGACUACGACAAGAGCAAGGACAGUGGGCUGCCAAGUCAAGGACUUAGUUUUAAAUACGGAGAUAUUCUCCACGUGAUCAACGCCUCUGAUGAUGAGUGGUGGCAAGCGCGGAGAGUCACCCUGGAUGGAGACAGCGAGGAGAUGGGGGUCAUCCCCAGCAAACGGAGGGUGGAAAGAAAGGAACGUGCCCGAUUGAAGACAGUGAAGUUUAAUGCAAAACCUGGAGUGAUUGAUUCAAAAGGGUCAUUCAAUGACAAGCGUAAAAAGAGCUUCAUCUUUUCACGAAAAUUCCCAUUCUACAAGAACAAGGAGCAGAGUGAGCAGGAAACCAGUGAUCCUGAACGAGGGCAAGAAGACUUCAUUCUUUCUUACGAGCCUGUCUCAAGGCAGGAAAUAAACUAUACUCGGCCAGUGAUUAUCCUGGGCCCCAUGAAGGAUCGGAUCAACGACGACUUGAUAUCUGAAUUCCCUGACAAAUUUGGCUCCUGUGUGCCUCAUACUACAAGGCCAAAGCGUGACUACGAGGUGGAUGGCAGAGACUAUCACUUUGUCAUUUCCAGAGAACAAAUGGAGAAGGAUAUCCAAGAGCACAAGUUUAUAGAAGCCGGCCAGUACAACGACAACUUGUACGGAACCAGUGUGCAAUCUGUGAGAUUUGUAGCAGAAAGGGGCAAACACUGUAUACUUGACGUAUCAGGAAAUGCUAUCAAGCGGUUACAAGUUGCCCAGCUCUAUCCCAUUGCCAUCUUCAUUAAGCCCAAGUCUCUGGAACCACUGAUGGAGAUGAACAAGCGUCUCACAGAGGAACAGGCCAAGAAAACCUACGAUCGUGCAAUUAAGCUAGAACAAGAAUUUGGAGAGUAUUUUACAGCUAUUGUCCAAGGAGAUAGCUUAGAAGAUAUAUAUAACCAGUGCAAGCUUGUCAUUGAAGAGCAGUCUGGGCCUUUCAUCUGGAUCCCCUCAAAGGAAAAGUUAUAAAUUAGCUACUGCAUCUCUGACAACGACAGAAGAGCAUUUAGAAGAACAAAAUAUAUAUAUAAUAUUACUACUUGGAGGCUUUUAUGUUUUUGUUGCAUUUAUGUUUUGCAGUCAAUGUGAAUUCUGAUGAAUGUACAACACAAACUGUGUGAAGCCAUGAAGGAAACAGAGGGGCCAAAGGGUGGGACAGAAAAGACACUUCGGUAUGCAGGAAGGCUUUGGUUUGCUCAAGGGGCCAGGCGUAGGGAUGAACCUCUGAC